AUGCUGAUCCACCUCCUGGGCAGCCCUGUAACAAAUAUCGCGUCCCUCUUGCACACGCUCUCUUCCUGCCGGCACAGCGCAAAGAAGAUGCAAAAGAAGCUACGAGAUAUCCAAAGAGACAUCAAGGACGAGUUGGCGUCCUGGAGGCUGGAAAGCCCCCUGGCGAGGGAGUUGGUACACAGCCACUCGGGAAAAUCCACCAGCGAGCGAAAAUUCACCAGCCUGUGGAAGCAGCUGUCUCUGAUCAAAGUCUCGUACGAUGAAUGGGGCGUCGAAUCCUCCGAGUUCCUCAUGCGUACGCUUGACAGCCUCUUCCUCGACCCUCUGCCCCUUCGUUACGGGUCAAGAUCACUCGUUCAAAGAAGGGAAGUACUCGCCCAGAUUAAAAAGGCGGCUGACAUGCUCGCUGCUGAUCGGGCGACGUAUGUGCUUCCUAUUUUCAUCGCGCAGUUUGUGUUUAUCGCCUCCAUCAGCGCGGCGUUUUGGAGGGUGAUUGGGGUUUUCCCUGAGGAUGGGGAGUGGACGAAUGUGGAGGCUUAUUCGAUCGCCAUGUCGGCGCCGUUUUUGUACAUGGUGCCGGCUGUGUUUUUGAGCGCGAUUAUCGGGGUAAGUCAGACGGAGAGGAGUGUGGUGAGGGUGUUGAAUGAUUUGGGGGAGAAGCUGAUGAAGGAGGAGUGGGUGGUUGAGAGGGGGGUUUCUUUGGGGACCGAGGGUGAGAAGGAGAGGGCGGUGGUGGUUUCGGUUGGUGUUGCGGCUGGACGUGGGGCGUCUCCAGUAACGAGUGAUACUGAGAGGGAUGAGAGUCCUGGGAGUGAACAGUUGCUGCUGUUGACGCCUCGGGGCCAAGCGACAACUGCUGAACCGACAACAAAUGUCAGCGCAGAGGCUGUAAAGAGGGAAUCGGUCAGGAUACCGGUCGUGGUGGAGAAACAGCCCAUCUUUCAGAGGGUGUGUCACGGGGGAAUCUAUGGCUGGAGGCCCGAGAUCCUCACAGCACGACAGAUACGACAGACAUGGCGCCACGUUGUUUUGGCCUUGAAUCUCGUCAUCAUGUCUGUGGUUGUGGCAUCAUGGAUAUCUUACCGGGUGCCUCCGGAAGGAUUCGACUGUCGUAACGCAGGGCAGGCGGCGCUGUUGAUAAUGUGGUUGCUCAGCUUUGUGCUGGACUGUGUCUUUGCAUACUACAUGGACCGCUGGGGCCAUCUCGAGAGUGGGAAGGGCUACUGGUAUGAGGCUGUGUUUAUCAAGGACUUCAUCGUGGGAUGGGCGGCCGUUGUCAUGAUUUUGGUUGUCCAAGUAGGCAUCUUCAACCGGUGCGACUGCUUCUCACUUUGGGGAAAGGUCCCGGUUGCUCUGCCGCAGAUUCCAGAGGUUGCUGCUGUGUUGAUGCAUCGUAUUUCAUUUGAGUGGCCUGCGGUGACAUUUGGAUGGAUUGCUAUAGAGCUCGGCAUUUGCGCUGUGAUUUGGUGGACGUAUAGAGAUGCCUUUAGCGUGUAUAACCAAGAGGACGGGGGUGAGGAGAAAUGA